AAUUGACCUCUGAACAAAAAUGCCGUCUACAAGUUUGGUUCGUCAACUUAUGCAGUUUAUGACGAAGGAGAGGGGGUUUGAUACAGUUAUGAAAGGUCUCCGUGUUGUGUCUGCAGGUAAUGGUAACUGUGUAUGUGAACUGACAGUAACAGAAGAUGAACAGAACAGAGGUGGAAGUUUACAUGGUGGAAUGACGGCAACUCUGGUAGAUGUCGUCUCGACAUGUGCUCUAAUGACCACCGAGAGACAAGUCGCUGGGGUCAGUGUUGAUAUGAACAUAACAUAUAUGAAAGGUGCUAAGGUGGGUUCAGAGAUUGUGAUUGAUGCAAAGACACUAAGAUGUGGAAGCACCCUAGCAUUUCUAUCUGUUGAUAUUACACAUAAAGCAGAUGGGACUUUUGUAGCUCAGGGUCGACACACAAAAUUUAUAGGCAGUAAAUCUAGUAAAUAAUAGCAAGUCAUGUGUACUGUACAGCCAUAUUUAUUUUUGAAACAAUGGUUAUUAAUUGUGUAUAUAAUAUAUAGUGUUCAAUUAAUUAUUGUGCCAAUAACCUUUUACUUUAUUUGUACUUAAUUGUUAUGACCUAUGAUUUGUACUGUAUAUUGGGUUGAUUUAGCACCUGGUUUAUUUUGGUGAUUUGAAAGAUUUUCUAAAUUACUUGGCACUUAGAUUUGAGCCCGGAAUUGAAGAUGAAUCCCUAGGAAUUUCAGACAGUGUAUAUGG